AUGACUCAACCAUUCUAUGGCGAUAUCGAAUCAUAUGACAUUCACACCUACUGGAACAACAAUAAUCUAGAUGAAAGACAAUUUGCUUUUAAUUUGAGAGAAAAGGUGUUGAAAGAGUUCAGCAAGGACAUCGACAACGGCGAAAUCAGAGUUUACAAGUUUCACGAUAAGCCUAUUGGACCGCAUACAUUGAACAUGUGGGAGCUAGACUUUAAGAAGCCAGAACUUUUCGUUAAACUUAUACCCUUCUUCCAAUUGAACCACGGCAAGUUAUCCGUCUUGAUACACCCUAGAACCAGUCAAGGUGACCUCAAAGACCAUACGGACCAUGCGCUCUGGCUUGGGCAUAAAUUGCGUUUGGAUACAAGCUAUUUAAAGGAUUAG